AUGGCGAUCGACGCUGCGCCGAAGAGUUUCGUUUACACCCACCCUGCUCCUGACCUCCCUGGUGUCCAUUGUCUGGCGCUGAAUCGACCAACGGCUCGCAAUGCACUCAGCGUUGCUAUGGUCCGUGAACUCGCAGAGGCACUCGACAGCAUAGCCAGCAAUCGCGGCGUCCAUGCUCUGAUAGUCUACUCGCCACACUCUGCCUUCUGCGCCGGCGCUGACCUCCGAGAACGCGCGAGCAUGUCUCCGAACGAAGUCCGCGACUUUCUCGACAUGCUGAACGAGACCAUCGCUUCUCUCGAGGCGCUCGACAUACCGACCAUUGCCGCCAUUGACGGCCCUGCGCUUGGCGGCGGACUCGAAAUGGCGUUUGCUUGCGACUUUCGCGUCGUGGGCCGCGACGUGACCAAAAUGGGUCUACCGGAGUGCACUCUCGGUAUCAUCCCUGGUGCAGGCGGCACCCAGCGCGCGCCGCGCCUUCUCGGCCGGACGCGAGCGAAGGAAUUGAUCUUCACCGGUCGCAUGGUCGACGCGCGCGAAGCCAAAGAGAUCGGUCUAGUCGACUACGUCGCGAACGAGGGACAGACCGCAUACGAAUGUGCACUGGAGCUUGCCGGGCGCAUGAGCCGGAGUGCGCCACUCGCUCUGCGCGCCGCCAAACGGGCCAUCGGGCUCUCCGAAUCACUCAGUCUCGCGGAGGGUCUGCGGGCAGAACGCGCCUGCUACGAGCCUCUCCUUUCCACGCGGGAUAGGCGCGAGGCGCUCUCCGCGUUCGGCGAGAAACGGCCCGCGCGGUUCGUUGGGAUGUGA